AGAGUGACAAAUUUCCCAAUUUUUUAGCAGAAAAAAAAGAGAGUUGUAAAAAUUGUGUCAUAACGAUAAACUUGUAUAUCUUCUUAUUUAUAUUGAUAAUAAAUAAAUAAACAUGCAAUAAUAAUAAUAAUAAAAUGAUAAGUGUAGCGGUAGCAGUCGCUACAGAGUGAAUUUAAUAAAUUAAUUGCUUUAUAAGGUGUGAAUUCUUAAGCUGAAAUCCAUAAACAACUAAGUUGGCUGAAACAGAAAGUGUUGGAAGUGAAAAGCCGGCAAUUUUUAAUUGACUAACUUCUACUAACAACGCAAAUUUUGAAUUAAAGAAAAUCUUCAAUAUUUCAAAUAAAGCACCGAAAUGAAAAUUAUUUUGACGCAGUUGUUGUUUCUCUCAUUGUUUGCAAUGCAUGCAACAAGUUUACCCAGGGAAUCGGUGACAAUGCAACACGCUUUAGAACCACGCCAACAGGCAGCCGCGGUCGCUGUGGUGAACGAGAGCAGCAAGCCGGCUGCAGCAGAGCCAGCAGUUGUGGUUGAUGCGGUGCAGUUAUCACCAUCGUCAGCGGAUCAGCUUCCGUCCAUCGUUAAAGGUGAGUGCGUCAACGUAGGAGAAAAUUGCAGUUUGCCUGACGAAUGCUGCACGAAGCGGUGUCUCACCUAUGCUAAGAAGUGUGUUACGUAAUUUUAGGAAUAAUAAAAGAAAUAAAAUCUAAUGUUUAUAAAAGUAAAAAAUAAA